CGCCUCCUCCACUCGUAUCAACUCACCUCACCUCACUCCGGGAGACCAAAAGGCCAAACAAGCAAGCACCAAUCCGAACAAAAGCCAGCCUUCCAUCUCACGGAGAGAGAAAGAGAAAGAGAGAGAGAGAAAUGUUUGCAAGGCAAGGAGUCAAAAUGUACUUGUAGCUCGCACCGCCCACCAAUCAGCACUGGACAGCAGCCGCCGGCUAAUAUCUUCUUCAACAGUGGGAGAUCGGUCGAUAGAGAGAGCAUCACGCGCGCAAGCACCGCCAGCAACCAAGCACUUUUGAAGCCGGCGACCGUCCUCGGGAGGAGCCAUCAUGUGCAACACCGGCGCCAGUCCUCUCCCCUCGCCGCCGCAGCUUCCGCCGCCCCUCACCUCCUUCAAGAAUUCCUCCUCCCACCUGCUCCACCCCAUGGACGGCGAUGAGGACGACAGCCACCACGGCGGCCGCGCACUGGCGCUCUCCAAGAUGGCCGGCGAGGCGCGGGCGAUCGGGCGCUUGUCGGUGCCCAUGGCGGUGACGGGGCUCGUCAUGUACUCGCGCUCCUUCAUCUCCAUGCUCUUCCUCGGUCAGCUGGGCCAGCUGGCGCUCGCCGGCGGCUCCCUCGCGCUGGGUUUCGCCAACAUCACGGGCUACUCCGUGCUCUCCGGCCUGGCCCUCGGCAUGGAGCCCAUCUGCGGCCAGGCCUUCGGCGCACGCCGGGGCAAGCUCCUGGCCCUCGCGCUCCACCGCACCGUGCUCCUGCUCCUCGCCGUGGCGCUGCCCAUCUCCGUCCUCUGGAUCACCUCCACGGGCCACAUCCUCAGGCUGCUCGGCCAGGACGAGGGCGUCGCGGGCGCCGCGCAGACGUUCGCGGCCUACGCGUCCGCCGACCUGGCCGUGCUGGCCGUCCUGCACCCACUGCGCGUCUACCUCCGCUCGCAGAACCUCACGCUGCCCAUCACCGCCUGCUCCCUCUUCUCCGUGCUGCUGCACGGGCCCAUCAACUACCUCCUCGUCGUGCGCCUCCGCAUGGGCGUCGCAGGCGUCGCGCUCGCCGUGGCGCUCACCGACCUCAACCUGCUCCUCGCGCUCGUCUGCUUCCUCGCCAUCUCGGGGGCCCACAGGGACUCCUGGGUGGGCCCGACCACCGACUGCCUCCGUGGCUGGGGAGCCAUGCUUCGACUCGCCGUCCCAACCGCCACCGCGGUCUGCCUCGAGUGGUGGUGGUACGAGCUCAUGAUCGUGCUGUCGGGCCUCCUCGCCAACCCGCGGGCCGCCGUGGCAUCCAUGGGCAUCCUCAUCCAGGCCACCUCGCUCGUCUACGUCUUCCCCUCUUCGCUCGGCCAGGGUGCGUCCACGCGCGUCAGCCACCAGCUCGGCGCGGGUCGACCUGCUGGGGCACGGCGCGCCGGAAGCGCUGCCCUCUCCAUCGGCCUCGUCAUCGGCGCCGUCGCUUGCACCUCCAUGGUGUCCGUCCGCAACCACUGGGGCCGCAUGUUCACGUCGGACUCCGACAUCCUGCGGCUCACCGCGGUGGCGCUCCCCAUCGCCGGGCUGUGCGAGCUCGGCAACUUCCCGCAGACCGCCGGGUGCGGGGUGCUCCGCGGGAGCGCGCGCCCUGCCAGCGGCGCUCGCAUUAACCUCGCCUCCUUCUACCUCGUUGGCAUGCCGGUGGGGUUGGCGCUAGCGUUCGGUGCUGGCCUUGGCUUCGCCGGCCUGUGGCUCGGCCUCCUGGCGGCGCAGGCGGCCUGCGCGGUGUGGAUGGCGCGCGCCGUGGCCGCCACUGACUGGGACGUGGAGGUGGCCCGCGCCAAGGAGCUAACAAAACCCACUGCCACCACCAACCACGCCGAAUGCAACGCCAACACCUCAAACAGCAGUGCCACCACUAGCACAAAGACAGCAAUGAGUAGUACUAGCAGCAAUGCCGGUGGUAGCGGCAACAACGGCUACGUGCCGAUCAGCGAGGGCGGCAGCGAGGACGACCCGCUGCAGAAGCUGGAGGAAGGGCUCAUGACCAUGGCCAGCAGCUCCGGUGGUGCUAGCGGCGUCAGCGGCAGCAAUGGCGACACGAAUGCCGUUGACAGAGACAGCAAGCGCAGCAGCAGCAGCAGCGGUGCUGGUUGUACGACGGUGGAGGAAAAUGAUCAGAGGCAGGACGACGAUGCCUCGGAGAGGGCCCCGCUGAUCAGAGUGGGAGACGAGCAGGAGGAAGAGAAGGCGCACGAUGGCGAUAGCCAUGGGGGUGGCUACGUCUAAAGUGCUGGGUUUUGAUAACUCUAGGCUGUUGCUAUUGACUUGUUUGAUCCAUGCAUCUCCACUCCAUCUUCUUUUUCGGUGGUGAGGUUUUGUUAACGAGAGAGAGAGAGAGUAUUGAGGAGGAAAUGAUUAUAUGUCGGCCUUCUUAUUUUUCA